AUGAGCAACGCUUCGUCCUUUCCGCCGUCCUCCAUCUCUCACGACCGCGGCUCCAAUGCCGACUCCACGGCCAGCUCUGACAACGUCAACCUGACCCCGAGUUCCAGCUGUCAUUCCGAGUCUGACAUCCGGCCCUACCCCCAACGCAACGCGCCGGCAUUUGUUCCAGAUGGCCAACUAGCCUUGGCAGCCUUCUCCUCCGCCUCCUCCGCCUCUUCCUCCUCCUCUGCCGGCUGCAAUCCUCCGCCCUUUGUCAGCUUUCAGUCAACAACCAUCGCUCCGUCGCCUCCAGUCCAGUCUGCUCCUUCUGAAGAUGCUGCUGCUAUUCACGACAGAAGUCCGGUAGACACUGGCGCCUCUCGCGGCGAUGCCUACUCGUCCCUCCGCAUCUCCACCAACGUUGCACCUUCUUCCUCCAUAACUUCCCCUUCCGCCUACCAUCGCGAGUCUCCGACUGGUUACACGAGCCUCUCACCCAUUCGCAUCCCCACGCCUCUGAAUCACAAGUCGUCUUCCAGCAGUAUUCGCCUGUUGACGCGAACCCCUAGUCUCAAGGCUGCCCUUGCGCAGUCAAUUGGAUCUGCCAGCGGCACAAAUAGUGUUAUCUCGAGUCCUAUGAUCGCCGCCAUGGGAGACGUGACGCCCUUACCGAGCCCCCUUCUGUCGGGAGAGUCGCCUGGACCAUGGAGGAGGUUGGCAGGCUCCGUAUCGCCGCCUCAGCACCGCAGUUUGCUGAGCAGCGUCGGAGAAGACUUGCCAGCCAUGGGGGCGCCGGUAGGGGUAACCAAGGGCCCCAACACGACGGCACCUUCCUCGAGACGCAAAGCAUAUGCGAGCCUGGCCGAGCAUGACGAGGCUAACCAGCCUCUACCGAAACCUUCUCAGCAAGCGCAGCAACCCCAAAUACCACAUACGAGGAACCGAAGCUUCAGCGAAUACAAGCCAGAUCCGGCCGCCAUUCCUAAGAGGAUCGUCUCCGUGUCUGGCCCGCACGCCAAGCCCGAGGUCCAACGCCCCCAGAUGAAGAGGGAACAGAACCUGGCAGAGUCGCGCGGCCUGUCUCCCAGCGUUGCGAAGCCGCCGACGCCUCCUCCUAGUGAGAGCUCGAGAGACUCGGCCGAAGCCGCCUCGACGUCGCAGUAUGAGUACUUUGAGGCCUUCGACCGCCAUGAUCGGAAACGGAGGCGCUGGCGCUCCGUGCGAACUGUGGGCCAAGGCACGUUCAGCAGAGUCGUAUUGGCUACCAGUCAGAUGGAUCAGCCCAAGCAGACUUCUGCCGAUCCCCCGCUUGACCGAAAGACGUUGGUCGCCAUCAAGGUGUGCGAGCAUGGUCCUCAAGGAGGAGCCAGCGAAGAGCGGGUGGAGAUGAGUCUCAAACGCGAGCUCGAAAUCAUGCAGAGCAUCCAUCAUCCCAGCCUGGUCAACCUCAAGGCGUGGAACAUUGAGCCUACCAGAGCAAUCCUUGUUCUGACGUACUGCCCUGGAGGAGACUUGUUUGAUGUGGCCACAGCCCACCGAAAGCUGUUGACGCCGCCUUUACUGAGACGCAUAUUUGCCGAGCUGGUUGGUGCUGUAAAGUAUCUCCAUGAGCAGAUGAUUGUUCAUCGUGACAUUAAGCUUGAGAACGUCCUUGUCCAUCUCACUCCCAGCGAACUUGCCGAUCCAUCCAUCAACUGGGCCACAUAUCCGUAUUCAGUCACUGCGUUGGCGGAUCUGGGCUUGUCCAGGCGGAUAGCCGAAGACGAGAAGCUUGAGACACGCUGCGGAUCGGAGGAUUAUGCUGCUCCCGAAGUCAUCAUGGGCCAACCCUACGACGGCCGUGCCACUGACGCGUGGUCGCUGGGUGUGCUUCUCUACGCCCUCCUCGAAUCUCGACUUCCAUUUGAUCCUCCUCCGGGGAUGAACGACUCUCAUAGAAUGCGUAGUCGAAAGAGUCACCGGAUUGCGAGAGGUGAAUGGCGUUGGAUCGAGUACGGAGGCGACGACGGCGACCACGAAGCGAAUGAAGCACGCUUCAAGGAGAAGGGCCUGCUCGACGCUAUGCACAUCACGGAAGGCCUCCUUAAGCGUGCUCGAAGUCGAUGGACACUGCCGCAAGUGUCGGCCACGCCUUGGGUGCGAGAUGCCAUCUCUGUCGAAGGCGGCAUCCGUUUCAGGGAGGAGGUUGAAGGAGCCGAAGUGUGA